CGCUUGCCAAUUGACGCGCGAGCCAACAUAUGUGAGUGCCGAAGAACAGCAACACUGGGGGGCGAUAGGCACAUUCUGGUCGCUAGAUGCGUGCUGUCCACUGUUUGCAAAAACCCAUGUUAUUGGGACGCUGAUUAUCGAGGUCAACUCUUCGUCAGCCGAAAGCGGGACUCAACAUAGAUCAUGACGGCUGCCACUAUAUCAAUACCGCAAUAUAUCGACCGAGUGGUCGAGUUCCUAGAAGGGGUCUCCUACGAGAUCAUACGCCCACUGACCACUUUCCGUCAUUGCCAUGAUGGCAGGCCGGCUGAGGCCCGCAUGGUCUUUACGUGUAGACAUUUUGCUCAUGGAAACGCAUCUCCCGGAGAAUACGUGAUGAAGGUCAAAGUUCGAGUGCCAGAUCGAGUCCAGGAAGCCAGCGACGAGGCAGAACCAGAGUCAAGCACGACCACAAGAGCGGAACUCAAGGCACUGACGAGGUUUCAUGAAGCCAAUACCACGUAUGCACCGCAUCUUGUACAUUUCAAGAAAGGCGUACAGGGUGCCAAAGGGCCGCUUCCGGGUGGGUAUAUCACCUACACGAUUUUGACGCAGAUGCCUGGUGACUCACUGCAUAAUCUUUACUAUUGGGGUAUGUCAGAUGAAGAAAGGCAGGAAAUCGUACAGGAGUUUUUGAUCGCCUUGAGGUCGAUCUACGCUCUGGGCAUCGAACCAGUUGACUGUGCGUUGCGGAAUGUUCUGUGGGAACCAGAGACGAAGAGAUGGUAUGUACUCGGACUCAUUAGUUGACGUGGGCAUCCACCGUAUUGACUCGAGUCGCUAGCACUAUUAUAGAUUUCGAAUUGUGGAGGGAGGCUGAAUGUUGUUUCGAGGAUGAGACGAACGAACUUCAGCGAUGGGGUUUGGCUCGAAGACCAGCUGCGAAGACAUGGUGGGAUGCUUGGAACACGCAAUGGAGAUGAGCUAUUGGAUGAUGAGGCUCGACGCUGGAAGCCUUGCCCAUUUUGCUCACAGGCAUUGGCUGAUUGUUUGGUUGAAGACACUGAACGGCGUCGCACAUUGAUUGGACCAAACUCAU